UAUACCCUGGUAACCUCCAACAUGGCGGCGAGAGGCCAUGUGCAAGACCCUAACGACCGGAGACUCAGACCCAUUUACGACUACCUGGACAAUGGCAACAACAAGAUGGCGAUCCAGCAGGCUGACAAACUGCUGAAGAAACACAAGGACCUGCACUGUGCCAAGGUGUUGAAGGCCAUCGGUCUGCAGCGAACAGGGAAGCAGGAUGAGGCGUUUAGCCUGGCCCAGGAGGUGGCCACCCUGGAACCUACCGAUGACAACUCACUACAGGCUCUCACUAUACUGUACCGGGAGAUGCACCGCCCUGAGUUGGUGACUAAGCUGUAUGAAGCUGCGGUGAAGAAGGUUCCCCUCAGUGAGGAGUAUCACUCUCACCUGUUCAUGGCCUACGCCCGCGUUGGAGAGUACAAGAAGAUGCAGCAAGCAGGGAUGGCUUUGUAUAAGAUUGUUCCUAAGAACCCAUAUUACUUCUGGUCUGUCAUGAGUUUGGUCAUGCAGGCCAUCUCUGCGCAGGAUGAGAAGCUGGCCCAGACCAUGUUCCUGCCCCUGGCUGAACGCAUGGUGGAGAAGAUGGUCAAGGAGGAGAAGAUCGAGGCUGAGGCAGAGGUGCAGCUGUACUUUAUGAUCCUUGAGCGACUGGGGAAGUGUGUGGAGGCUCUCGACAUGGUCCGAGGUCCACUGGGAGAGAAGUUGACCAGUGAGUUGCGGAGCAGGGAGAAUAAGUGUAUGAUGAUGUACCAACGAUUGCAGCUCUGGCCUGAAUGCAAUGCUCUGUCCUACAAGCUACUGCUCAAAAAUCCUGAUGAUUGGCAGUUCUAUCUCUCCUACUUUGACUCUCUCUUCCAUCUGAUGGACAAGUCCUGGAGCCAGCCUGAGGAAGGAGAGCACUGUGUGGAGGGUCCAGUGCAGACCACGGUGGCGGAGGCAGUGAAGUUUGUGGUGGACAGGAUGGAGGAGCAGGACCUGAAGGAGUCACGUCCUCUCAGAGGGCCCUACCUGGCCUGCUUGGAGCUCAUACACAGACUGAGACAGAGGGGCUGUCCAGAUGAGAAAGACCUAGGUGAUCCGUUGGAGCUGAUGGUUCAGUUCUUUGGGAAGUUUGGAGACAAACCCUGCUGCAUUACUGACCUGAAGAUAUACCUUCACCUUCUGCCCCCUGAGCAACGCUCACAGUUUAAAAACCGUCUGGGGGAGUUGGUUCCGUUGGGGGAGGCGGGGGAGGAUGGCUUUGGGUUUCCGGGGGAUACGAAGGCGUUGCAGAGACACCUGUGUGUCUGUCAGCUGAGCCGGGCGUUGGGACUGCAACACGCUCUGGACACAGAGGGCAAGCUACGCCUCAUCACAGAACUCAAAGCCCACUACCAUCACGGACUACAGUUCGGGAAGUCGUGUCUGAAGACAGAGCUCCAGUUCUCUGAUAUGUACUGUCUCAUGGCCGCUCACGUCUACAUCGAUCUCUGGACAGAAACUGGCGAUGAGAACAUGCUGUGGCAGUGUCUAGGUGUGUUAGAGGAGGGUUUGUCCUUCAGUCCCUCCAACGCUCAGUUCAAACUGCUGCUGCUGCUUCUCUUCUGUCGCCUGGGAGCCUUCCAGCCCGUAGUGGACCUCUACUCCAGCCUGGACGCCAAGCACGUACAGCACGACACCAUAGGGUAUCUGUUAACUCGUUAUGCUGGCUCGUUGGGGCAGUUUGCUGCAGCCUCCCAGUCCUGUAACUUCUCCCUCAGGUUUUUUCACUCCAACCAGAAAGAUACCUCAGAGUACAUCAUCCAGGCCUAUAAGUAUGGAGCGUUUGAGAAGAUCCCAGAAUUCAUAGCGUUUAGAACCCGGCUCAACCAAUCGCUGCACUUCGCUCAGGUCCGCACAGAGAGGAUGUUACUGGACCUGUACACCGAGGCUGACGUCACAUCGAGUCUAGAGGAGAGUGUGAAGGCUAUGGGUGUGUGUCCUGAGGAGGAUGACAUUCCCUGGGACAACAUGAGAGACAACAGAGACCUGACUGUCCUCGUCAGCUGGGACCCCAAGGACAGGGAGCUGACUGAGGAGCAUCGUCGUCUGUCUCUAGAAGAGGAGUCCGUCUGGUUGAAGGUUCGCUCUCUCACACUCCGCCUCCUCGCCUCAUUGGCUCUGCUCGGACAUGCCCCCUCGCCACGGAACUCUGAUAAGACCAAUGAGAACGGUAUAUCGGCCAAAAGCUCCACCCUCCAGACCCUCCUCUCCCAGCUAGAUCAGACGCUAGAGACCGCAGCCCAGAUCACAGAGAAACAGACACAGUACCCGUUCCUGGGCCCUCCCUCCUCCCGCCUGGCCUCUGCUCUGUCUAGUGGCAGCUGUCACUGUCAGGUCUCUGCUCUGCAACUAUCACUGACUCUACGAGAACUAGAGACCACUGGACUGGACGACUCAUCGGAACUCCAAACCCAGAUCUGUAACACCUUCAAAUCAUUAGUAGUACAACUCCAAGAGAUGUUAUCCAGAUGUAAAGGAGAAGUGUUGGAGAUGAAAGACAGCAGAUUGAAGACCCAACCCUCCCUAUUAGAAACACUGGUCUUCUUCGUGGAGACGGUGUGUGUGGUGCUGUGGGUGGCCAGUUACUCUGCCAACGUACUGCGACCGCUCAAGUCCAGUCUACAGAAGAAGAAGAAGAAGAAGAAGGACAUCAACACAGCCAUGCCAGUGGUGCUGUGUGGCUUCCAGGAGUGGACAGGCAGCCUUCAGGGCAUUGUGACCCAGGCUCUGGAUCACGUGAAGGGGCAGGAGGCCAGCCUGACGGCCCUCAAACUAGCAGCACUCACCCUGGAGGAGGGCCACUCGCAGACACAGGAGGAGUGUGGGUUUACGAGGGCAGCCAUGGACAAGGUUCAGAGUAGUUAUCUUGGCUCGCUGCAGGAGCUGGGAGAUCUACUGAGGAAGAGAGCUGAUUCGCUGAUUCGCCUCAAGAUCUGACCCGCAACAACCAUCACCAUACUCAACUAUCACCAUUAUCAUCUAACUCCACCCACAUCCAAAGCCUUCUCCCCCUGCUCCUCUCAAAAGGAGGGCUGCCUGCCACCAACACACCCUCUUUCACUUCAUCCCCCUACCCUCUCCUUUUCCACAUAUCCCUCGCUCUGUGUGUCUCUUUAUGGAACACAGGACUCUCCUCUCCCUACAUCUCUCACCCUGAGAACCAUCACUGCUCUCGCUCAGCACAGAACCACAGAUCUUGUUCAGUUUAUGUGAUAACAUCACAGAGAAGCUCCUCAAAACAUACUACAGCAACAGACAAACGAAAUAAGCAAUUUUAGAAGAACUACUCCAAUAAUUGAUUAAUAAUUGAUAGUCCGCAGAUUACAGAACAUCAACUACCAUAGCAACAUCAACUCAUUGACUGAACGUGAAUGAAGUGAGAUAAGGGGGAAAUGUGGCUUAAGUUUUUUUCUCCAGUCUGUUUCCAUGGUGAAACCCAGUUAGAUUAGAAUAUAUAACCUCCUGUUUUCCAUAUUGGACUCCUCACUCCCCCAGCCUGAUCGGAGUGCCCAAACAUGGACACUGUUGUCAAUCACACUCUUCUGCUCAUAAGAACAAAUAGGGUGGACAUGGUGCUUAGCUUACUGUAUGAAAACAAGGACAGCUGAACGAAUAUGUUUUUUAGCGAAUUGUACACGCAAGGAAAGCUGAACGCUGGGCCAACUCGGAAAAGCCUCUGAACUGUUUGUUUCAGGAGUGCACAACUCCAGUGCUCGAUGGCUGCAGUGAUUUCAGGCCUUGCCUUUUAGCCAGCAACCUGAGAAACCAGCAGUGUGCGCUUUUCUACGGGCAACCAGUGACUGAAUGGGUCAGUAAAGAGCUGGGAGAACUGAAGACAACCCUGGUGGACUUGGUGUGUACCUCUGGUGUGGUGCACCCUUGGUUAAUUGAUCUCCCUGCUCCCCACCAAUCAAUGCCCGUCUGAUUUCAGUCCUCCCUUUUAACUUGGUCGUUGUGUUCUUUGUUUUCCCCACUUUAUUUUUUAUUUCAGUUUUACAUUCUUUUCAUUUGUUUGAAACCCCCUCUGUAGUUAUUGGAAAGCCAAAUAAAAAAAGCAAUCACGGGACAAAGUUACAAUACCUGAUUAUACAUUCAGUAGUUACAUGUAUUUGCAAAUGCUUCUUUUUGUAUUCUGUGUCAGUGCAAAGAAGUAUAUUUGUGUGUGUAGCUCGCCUGGUUUAGGUAACACCUACAGAGUGGAUGGUUUGUUUUAACGUCGUAGGAGAAACCUGACAGACAUAGUUCUACCUGUUUAUUCAGAGAAAUUACUAUAUCAAACAGUAUCUGGGUAGAAACUGUUCUCUCUGACAACGGAUAAAACCCAAAGUUAAGAUAUCUAAAUGUAAAGGAGACAAGACAACCAACCUGUCAGAUUGCAAUGAAGAUGGCAAAUGUUCUUCGUUGUUGAAAAGCCCCAGUAGAUAUCUCUCUCUCUUGUCAACGGUUAUGAGCUGCACUGAAUCCCCCACAAUUAAUUUCACUAACCAAAAUUGCCACUGUCAAAACAUCCUGUCAGUGUGUAUGUAACUAUAAUGGCAUUUUAACUGAUAGCUACAGCUAGACCGAUAUCAUGCAGGGAGAGGAGACUUGUAUCUGACAGACAUGUUCAGUAGUAAUGUGGACCUUUCAGAUAAAAAUGCAUUGUGUUGAACAGACAUGUCUAACAUGUAGAGUAAGGAAUUAUGUCCGUGCUACUCAUGACAUUUCUAUCUGCAACAUUCAUUAGUACUAUGUUGUACGACCCUGAGUGAGGCAGACGAAACUAGCAGACAUGUUUACAGCCACGACCACCAGGGGGCACUGAAAGACUAUCAACUGCAGGCAGCAGACUGACUAAUACUGAAGUAUACACUUUGGCUUAGAGUUUGAUUUGUAGGUUGAGUUGAGCUUUUCUUUCUUUAAACAAAACAUGGAUGAAAGGGGAGCAAUGGUGAUGAACAGUUUGAUCCUCCUACAAACACAAUGCACCCCUCAAGAUGACCUUUGGACGACUCGUGCCCAAACCCCCGGACGGAUGGACCCUCUCUAGAGGGUUAGUGGACUGAGUAGAACUUAUGUUGAGGUGCAGAGAAGUGGUCGACAAUCUGGAGUGUUCUCACCUGAUACCCAGUCUCUUUCUUUUGGUAGAAAAUGGAAAACAAAAAACACUGGAAUGUCAAAAGGAGACACAUAUAUAUAUAUAUAUAUAUAAAAUGAAUGAAUAUAGCAGUUUUGUUUGUCUUGUAUCAAUGUUGUCUUACCAAAAAUAUUGAGUAGGCUAUUAACUAUAUCAACCACAAUUUUAAGAGCAUGAUGUCAAAUCAACAGCACAUAGCGGGGUGGAGUUUUGUUCAAAUUUUAUUAGAUAUUCUGUUAAAUUCCAUUGUCUAGACCUUGCCACAGCUCAGCAGCUGUGAAACAAAAUAUUAACAUUUUACAUUCACUACUAAAUUCCCAUGAAUUUUA